UGGAUAGGAGGGCCUAUGGGUGUUAUCAUGCAGACCUGCGUCACUGUGAUGGUGACUCUGGCCACACUGAUGGUCGCCACCGUGGACGCGAAGAUCUAUGAACGCUGUGAACUGGCAGUGAAGCUGGAGAAGGCAGGCCUCAAUGGCUUCAGGGGCUACAGCAUUGGAGACUGGCUGUGCAUGGCACACUAUGAGAGUGGCUUUGACACCUCCUUCGUGGACCACAAUCCUGACGGCAGCAGCGAGUACGGCAUUUUCCAGCUGAACUCUGCCUGGUGGUGCAACAACGGCCUUACACGCACCCAGAACCUCUGUCACAUAGAGUGUCGAGACCUGCUCAACCGCCAUAUUCUAGAUGAUAUCUUGUGUGCCAGGCAGGUGGUGUCCUCACAGGAUGGUAUGGCUACUUGGGAUUCAUGGACCCGGCACUGUUCUGGCCAUGAUUUAUCUGAAUGGCUCAAGGGAUGCAAUAUGCCUGUGAAACCUGACGCAAAGAAGGUUAAUCAUUUGUGA